AGCGGCGUACGACGGUCGGUUAAAUGCCUCGUCGUACGUGCGUAUGAGCGGGCGGACGCGAGAGAGCGAGUGAACGAGCGAGCGGCGGUGCGGCGAGUCGUGUGAUGUAGUUCGGUGCCGCGCGAGAGUGUGUGGAGCGUGUGUGUGUACAUUUUCUCUCUCUCUUUCUCUCUCUCUCUCUCUCUCUCUCCGUCAUCACGAGAACGCUAUCGCCCCGACGACGAGCGUUUUCCGUGAUCCGCGAGUGAUUCACGGGGUCGACGGUUACUCCGACGGAUUAUCAGGCUCACUACGACGGAACCAUGACGGUAAUGCGAGCCGACGAGCGUAUCAUCGAAACGCAGGAAAAGCUACGGUUUUAAAACGAACGUGAGGACACCAAAAAUGGCUACGAAAACUGACGACACAGCAUCUAUCGACAAUCCUAACGACGGAGAGAGUCUGGACAAGGAAAUAUUAACCAUUGCUGGAAACGAUGGAGGGAGCCACCGGAUUCCACCAACGUAUUUGUACAAUACGGGAUCAGAGCAGAUAGCGAGAACUUCAGAUCAGGAGCAGGGCGCUCGAAAUCGUAACCCAGCCUCGGAGGAUCAGUUGGGUCCUUUGCCGACCAACUGGGAGAAGGCAUACACGGAUACGGGGGAAGUUUAUUUUAUAGACCACAACACAGGCACGUCUCACUGGUUAGACCCGCGUUUGUCGAAAUUUCAAAAGAGAUCCUUAGAAGAAUGCCUGGACGACGAGUUGCCCUACGGCUGGGAGAAGAUCGACGACACCCUCUACGGCACGUACUUCAUCGACCAUGUGAAUCGUAGAACGCAGUACGAGAAUCCGGUGUUGCAAGCGAAAAGGGCGCAGCAGGGCCUGAUCGAGCGGAAGAGUCCCAACUUCACAAGAAAUCCCGACAAGCUGAAAGGCCAGAGGAUACGCACCACCUUGAUCAAGAGUUCAAGGGGCUUGGGAUUCACCAUUGUCGGCGGCGAUGACGCCGUGGAGGAGUUUCUCCAAAUUAAAAGCGUCGUGCCAAACGGUCCAGCCUGGCUGGAUGGGAAGCUACAAACCGGAGAUGUGUUGGUGUACGUUAAUGAUACCUGCGUGCUAGGAUUCACUCAUAAUGAAAUGGUAAAUGUAUUCAAGUCAAUUGGUAGCGGCGAGACGGUGACAUUAGAAGUAUGCCGAGGCUACCCGUUGCCCUUCGACCCCAAUGAUCCUAAUACGGAAGUCGUGACCACGAUUGCUGUGAACGCACCAGAAGAUCCCGCAAUGUACAUGGACUUGGACUCCUCUUUGCAAGCGAACGGACGCUACAAUUUCCUGGACUCCACGUUCUUGCCGGUGCACAGUCUUCAGAAUGGCGAGAAUCUCGCCACGACGUCCGUCAACUCGAUGCCCGACCUCUGUAUCUCGGACAAGAUCAACACGAUCAAGAGGCCGAGCAGCACGGACAUACUCCUGUCGGAGAGCAGCGAUCUGAACGACUGCAAGGACUCGCCAGUGUCUUCCAAGCCGGAGUUCCUCAGCAUCGCCAUCGUGAAGGGCGCGAUGGGAUUCGGGUUCACCAUAGCGGACUCCGCUCACGGUCAGAAGGUGAAGAAGAUUCUGGAUCGUCAGCGUUGCAAGAACCUGAUGGAGGGCGACAUUCUGGUCAACAUAAACGACAUCAACGUGAGGAACAUGUGCCACUCGGAGGUGGUGCAAGUAUUGAAGGACUGUCCGCGCACCGAGGAGGCGCUGAUACACGUCCAGCGCACGACGACGAAGUCGAAGGAGAAGAAGGAGAAGAACACGCAGGACUUCUUCAGGAGCAAAACGCCCACCGCGGAUAUCUACAGUACCCAGUCGAAGACCGUAAUACCCAGCCGGCCGAAAACGCCGCUGAUCGACACUCGAAAUCGUCCGAAAUCGCCGACCAGCGGCAGCAGGACGAACUGGAACGAGGUGCAGAGCGAGAACGAGCUGAAUCCGCUGGACAGCCACUACAAGUACUCCGAAUAUUCACACGGGAUGUAUUACUCGGACCCGUACAAGGCCAACAUUACGAAUCUGUCGGACAAUUUCGCGCCGAUGAUGAACCUGGACGACGAGUCCGUCAGGAACGUGCCAAAGCGGGACUGGUCGACGAGCGACAAGCUCAACAUCAACAAUGACAUGUAUUCCAUCGACAUCUCCCACCACGACAAUAUGCUCAAGCAGAACGGCGGGUGCUUGCACUCCGACUACUACAAGGAUCUCUACGCGGUGCAGUCGCAUUCCCAAUACAACGAGGACUACAACGCGUACUCCAUCGGGCAGGAGCAGAACGUCGACACUGGUGAAAUCUGGGACAAGCGAAAGGAGACCACCAGUUUCGAGCACGAGCAGCCACAUUCCAGUUCCAUACCUCGGUAUCCGCAGUACACGAACGAAUUGGUCUGUCCAAUGGUGCCCGACAUAGAAUGGAUAGAAACCCUGGUGACUUUAGUUAGACAAGACACCGGCUUUGGGUUCAGAAUAGUGGGUGGCACAGAGGAAGGGUCUCAGCAGGUCUCAGUGGGUCACAUCGUGCCGGGUGGAGCGGCCGACCUCGACAACAGGCUGAACACCGGCGAUCUGAUAAUGUCCGUCGACGGAGAGAGCGUUAUGAACUCUUCCCAUCAUCACGUAGUGCAGCUGAUGAUCGCGGCGGCUCAAAACGGCCGGGUGACUCUGGGAAUACGGCGUCGUAUCAACACGCAGGAGCACCUCCAGGAGAAUCUGCAGUCCUCUUACAGCCGGCAGAUGAAUCUGCAAUAUCCGUACGACGUAACCGUCACGCGAAUGGAGAGCGAAGGAUUCGGCUUCGUGAUAAUCUCGUCGGUCAACAAGGCCGGCUCCACGAUCGGCAGGAUAAUCGAAGGCUCGCCCGCCGAGAGGUGCGGCAGACUGAACGUCGGGGACCACAUUCUCGCUGUCAAUCACAUUGACAUCACGAAUGUAUGCCAUAAGGACAUAGUCAACUUAAUCAAAGACUCUGGUUAUUCCGUCACAUUGACGAUCGGGUAUCCGCUCGACGAUUGCUGCAGCAACACGUCUCUUUCCCAAAAGGAUGAGCCGACAGGAGAUGGAGAUGGUGGUCAGUACCAUGCUGUAGAGCUAACUCGGGGCACCCGAGGUUUCGGCUUCAGCAUUCGCGGUGGUCGCGAGUUCCAAAACAUGCCGUUGUUCGUCCUGCAAAUUGCCGAGAACGGCCCGGCGUCCAUCGAUAACCGUCUCAGAGUUGGAGAUCAGAUAAUCGAAAUAAACGGUAUCAACACCAAAAACAUGACGCAUACAGAAGCGAUUGAGAUUAUACGUAACGGUGGACCAUCUGUUCGUCUGUUAGUACGACGUGGCUGCCAAAUGCCUUCAGUGAGUAAUCUCACGAUCAGCCAAAUAAGUAUUCGACCGAACGAUGAGGGCACCCCGCGCAGGCAUUUAUCGAAAUUACCCGAGAGGGGUGUGCCCCCCAAAAAACGUCAGAAAGUUCGAUUUUCCAUUUCACUGAACUGCUGUUCAUCCAAAAACAGAUACUUGUAGCGAGCGCUUUCAGCGAGGAGGGUUCUUUGUAUUUCUCGAAUGGGUAUAUACACACGUAUAUAAUGAAACAUAAGUUGUGACGUGUAUUUCAUAAGAUCGAAAUCGAUUUCUUGACGGAGAAAGAGUGAUCCUUGGCGCAUUUAUACACGAUAUAGCGAUACUUUAAGCGUUAGACUGUUUGUAGUACUUGCGAGAAAAACAGGUCGUUAAUUUAUGUAAACGCGAACGAUUGUAAAUCUUAUACAUGACUCGUAAACUAGCGUAAAGCGACACACUAAAAAUAAUGUAAAAAAAAAAGAAAAGGGAAAAAAAAGCGUCAGCGGCGUGGAGUGACAAGUAACUGUGUUAUAUUGCUGACAGCAAAUAGCAUUGAUACGCAAUGAAGAAUCUCGCAGCUCGAUGCGUUUUAUCGCGUGGAGAGAGACCACAGGCGCAGCUGUAUAUUCACAUACGCUGUGAAGUGAUAUUGUAGACUGGCAAUUUGUGUAAUUAUCGAAUUUAUAUUAUUCGUCGGCACUUCUCGAUAACGUUUAUCAAAAGGCGUAGGCUCUUCGAAAUCUUAGGCUUCUAUCGUGGAACACCACUACCUUCGUGAACGUUUCUCUUCUUUUUCUAAACAGCAACAUGAUUGUGGCCUUGACGAUGAAAAUAGUUACGCUUUUCGAUAUCGCGGCAAAGAGAUCUGAGAGAACUAGCAACUUGUUUAAAAUAAUUAAUUAACCAUAACGAUUCUAUACUCUGGACUUAUUGCGAACACUCGGAGAUUCUAUCGAUGUCUGAUUCCUCCUUUAUUUCUCUCUGAAUAUAUUUAUUCCCAAUUAAUACAAGAUGUAUAUGUAUUGUCAUUAAUUAAAGUAACUAAGGACUCACGCAACCAAAGAAGCAGAUGCACUUAUCAGCCGCUUUGUUUUUUGAGUGGUGAAAGAGAUAAUUACGAAAGAGUUUAUUAUUGUAAUAAUUACUUAACCGACCUCACACAUACACGGGGGCGACAGUUGUUCGUUUGCCCGCGAUUGUAAGGUGAUGUUUCUAUAUUUGACAGGAAAGGUGGACGAUGAGCGAGCGGAAAUCCAGACUGGAGGAAUAACGAAUUAGACAGAAAUUUUUUUUUUAUUCACUCUUCCGGUGUCUUUUUUUUCGAUAUUUAUGAACGUUACACGUUUGAAAGAAUAGCGUAUAUAUAUAUUUUUUUACUUGUAAAAUAUAGUAAGAUAAUAAAACGAUGGGGACGUUGUUCGGCGCGCGUCGUACUAGUAUAAGGGAAACACAAGCGACAAAAAAAAAGGGGAAGAUAAAACCAGAUUGUAUUUUUUAGAUCUCAGAAUUGAAGUAAGAAAGGAGAGGAAAAAAAAACGCGGCGUCAUAUUAUACACAUGGUGUGCGUAUAUGUGUGUGUAUAUGUGUGUGUGUGUGUGUGUGUAGAGACGCGCGAGAGCGAAUCGUUUGUUCGUCGUACGUUCUAAACGAACGCAUGAGUGAUAAGCAGCAGCAAACGCAUUUAACUGGAAAUCACACAAUACCCAUUUUAUAAUCAUCGCGUUUAUUUUUUAUAAUUAUAUAUAUAUAUAUAUACAUACAUAUACAUAUAUAUAUAUACAGAAUUUGUAAAUUGUGUAGGAUAUAAGUUUGGUAUAAAUGUAUAUAUACUUGUUUUUUGAAAGGAUAAUGUUGAUAAUUUGUAAGGUUAAUAUAAGAGGCAAUAAUGUAACGUCAGCCGCGAUUUUAUCGACUCGAAGUUCACUCGCCGAGUAAUCCGAGUCCUCUUUACUACUCGUUUUGCCCGCUCUCUUGCCAAAGCCCCCCCCCCUUCCAGCUACACGGUACAUAUUGCAUCCUUCGUUUUCUUAAAGCUAUAUACACACACGACUCAGGCAGCUUCUCGGAGCGACAGCGCAGCAAACGACUUAGCGUUAGCGCGCUCGGGAGGAAGAGAAAAAGAAAAAAGGAACGCGGGGAGUCGCGUUUUCGCGCUUUUCUUCCGCGAACACACAUCUUGCAUCGCGUCUCGAGUAGUAAAGAAAUAACGGCCGAUUACGCACGUUGGAUUUCAUGCGCUGCGCGUAUACGGCAAAGUUAACUGAUUUACCGUUCUCGACUGAUGAUUUCACUGAUUCGAUUGGAUCCGACGGUGACUCUCUUUUUGUAUUAUGAGCUUCGUAUAUUUAUUGUAACACACCGAUAUAAGCCGAAUUCUAUAUACGUGUCCGUUACACUCUGAGUAAUCAUCGUUGAAUGAUCCGAGAUAAAGCCAGAGAGAGAAACUGAUAUUGUUGCUAAGAAUAUAAUGUACUACCAUUAUUAUAUAUUGUUGUUGAAAAAUAUACUGAGAUAAUAAAUGCUACAUUAAAAGAGA